AUGGCUGUCACUUUCUUGUUACUCUGGCCUAUCUCGUCUCCUGCUCAUGAUUACUUCGCCGUAGUUUGGCCUGACGAGGAGGAUAUUUCGGAAGCCGUCUGGCUUGCAGGAGCGACCGAGGACGAAACCAAGAACUUCAUCGCUAACAAUUCGGGCGGAAUAAUUGUGAAGGAGAUGCUCGCAAAGUCAUCAGGCUCGAGUGGUGAUGCGUACUCCAUCGUUGGUUCUACUAGUGCUAUGCGAAUGGGAACCAAUUCAGCCAUUCUCGAUACACUUAGACUUAGGACUGCAGAUCUUGAGCGGGCACAGGAUUCUUUUUCAGACUUAUGGAACAAACAUAACUUCCAGGUCAAAAACCUUCGAGAAAGUCUGAGGUUAAUCGGUAUCAGCCUUGGUGUAUUAGGCAGCAAAGUCGUUCCUGAUUACUCAUCCCUAAUUGGAGAUCCUCGCGAGCGCGCCGAAACCAUACAAGCCAAUCACAUGGACAUGUGCCGGUUCAAGAGUAGCCAGGAUCUGGGUUAUGAAUAAAUACCAGACUUGCGUGGACUGGCUCCAUGGCGGAUCAUAGCAUCGCUACUAAGGACUCCUUUUGGCUCAAGGCAAAGCCCAGAGAAGGUAAAUCUGUACUUAUCAAGGAAGUAUAUCUUCGUAGUCUCCGAGAGCAGCAGACGCCGGACCACUGGUUAGCUGUUUUUUUCUUUAAUGCAAAGGGAACAAAGUUGGGGCAUUGCCUUUUGAGCCUUUCUAGGUCUAUACUAUACCAGCUUUACCGUACUGUCUGGAGCAUAUGAAAAGCGAC